AUGGCCCAGACUGGUGUACUCAUUUUACGGCCUUACAGAAAUGAAAUAGGACGGCUGUUUCAAAGUUUGAAGGCAUGUUCCCACUACGUGCAACGUGUUCUGUACGUUGAUUUCAACUGUAUUUCACUUUUUGAACCUGACGGCUCUGUCGAGGGAACAUUAUGUCGACAGGAAGUGUAUUCAGUGAUGGAGAUGGUUUAUAAAUCCCAAGCAAAGGAGUUAGAGAAGCUUGACAUAAGGUUUUUACUUGAAAGCAGAAGAAGUACUUCGUCAGCAUCAGCAACUUGUGAACGCCGGACUUUCAGCCAUAAUUUGGAUGUUGGACUUCUGUAUACUUCGUAUCAAAAUCAGAUCAACGUCGAAAUGUUAUGUAAUAGAUAUGGCUUUCGAAAUAUAGAUUCAUUACAGUUCCUUGAUGAUAACAUGUACAGCAACGCUGGAUUGACAGACGAACUACUAGAACAAGACAAAGUAGUGAAGGAGUACGAUACUGUUGCCGUUGGCGGUACAUUUGACAGAAUCCAUAAUGGUCACAGGCUAUUGCUGAGUACAUCCUGCUUGUUGGCAAAGUCAAAAAUUGUUGUUGGUGUUAGUAACGACUUUUUAUUGGUCAAUAAAACCUUACUGGAACUUAUCGAACCAUUGGAUUUACGUAUGAAGAAUGUUACUGAAUUUAUUGAAGAUAUUAAGCCUGGUCUGGUUAAAGAUAUAGUCCCAUUAUGUGACCCUGCUGGUCCCACAAAAACAGAUGCAACUAUUGAUUGCUUGGUCGUUAGUGAUGAAACACGGAAUGGUGGGCAAGCAGUGAAUAUAUUACGGAAGGAUGCAAAUUUGCCUGAAAUGGAAUUGUUCUCCAUUGAUCUUGUCAGUAAUGAAGAUGUCCAAAGCUCAAAUGCUUCAAAACUCAGUUCCACAGCAAGAAGAUACAAUGAUCUUGGAGUGCUCGUUCGCCCUCCAAAAAGAAGUUCUUCUCAUUCAGGUGUGUACGUUAUUGGUUUGACUGGCGGAAUUGCUAGUGGAAAAUCUUCUAUAGCUAAACGUCUUGAAAAGCUUGGCGCACAAGUAUUAUCUGCGGAUUUAGUUGGUCAUUCGGUUUAUGAACCAGGAACUGAGGCAUUUAACGAAAUCAUUGAUGAAUUUGGCGUGAGUAUUUUGAAUAAGGACGGAUUCAUUGAUCGGAAAAAAUUGGGUAGCAUUGUGUUCGAUGACAGCCUUAAACUUCAAAAGCUCAAUGCUAUUGUUUGGCCGGCUAUUAUGGAGAAAAUUAAGAUUUGGAUUGAGGAAAUUUCUAAGAAAGGUGAUCAGGUCUGCGUAAUUGAAGCUGCUUUGCUUUUAGAAGCUGGUUGGGAUGAGGUAGUUGAUGAGAUUUGGGUGUGUAUUAUUCCUGAGGUGGAAGCCAUUAAACGCCUUGGAGAUAGAAAUGGAUUGUCGAUUGAUGAAGCAAAAAAAAGACUUUCAAAUCAGAUAACCAAUAAGGACCGUGUUUCUCAAGCAAAUAUUGUAUUGAGCACUCAGUGGGCCCCUGAAUACACUCAAAAACAAGUUGAGAAAGCUUGGAAAGGCUUACAUAAACGAAUUAAGGUUUCGUGAUAAGAUUUACUGUUUGUCGAGCUCAGGAAAAGGUUUAAUGAUCUCCUUUUCUUCGGUUGCUAUUUGUAGCAUCUAAUUCAAAAAUAAACCACAAUAAAUGAACUAGAAGAAA